AUUCCCGAAAUCCACCACAGAGAACACACCACCUUUUUUUCAUUUACUAUUAAAAAUGUGACAAAAGAACAGGCUGGGCUAUAUAACUGUUCCGCUGAGAAUCGAUACACAAAGGAGGUGUUGUAUCGCUCAACUCAACUCAUAGUCCAAGAAAAACAGGCCCCGUGGGUGAUGCAGCAUCUUCAAAAUGUAACAGUAAACAGCAGCAGCACAUUGGUUCUGGAGUGUAGAGUUGAUGGAAUUCCCUUGCCCACAAUAACCUGGUUCAAGAAUGGAUACGAGAUUCAACCUGCAUCAGGAAUCACUUUGCUUUACAAUGAAAACCUGAUUAUCGAGAGGGUAAAGAAGGAUGAUGAGGGACUGUAUACAUGCCAAGCAAUUAAUGAAAUGGGUCAUGCCAACAACUCUGCCUACGUUACUGUUCGAGGUGGAGAGGAGAGGUCUAACAUAGAAGUCAUCAUCCUUGUGUGCACAGGAGUGGCG